AUGAAGACCGAUGUCUCAUCCACCGAGUCGAUCAAAAGUACCAGCCACAAGAUUAAUUAUAUAACCACAAGAUCCAGAGCUCUGAAAUCUUGGGGGUUCUUAGAAUCUCUUAAAAACUACGAAAAAUCAGGGUGUGAAAAAGGAGCUGGAACUGGUUCCAGUGAAGGGUUCCGAUAUGAACUGUCUCAUAUUGUGAAUUCACAUCUUGGAGUUCUAUCUAUCUCAACACAAGUUAUGGGUAACAGCAUUAAGAGUGUAAAGAACAUUCAGAAGAUCACAAAGACCAUGAAGAUGGUUGCUGCUUCUAAGCUUAGAGCUGUUCAAGGCAGAGCUUAG